AAGAUUGUAUGAUAUUUUUCAGGCUGGUUUAUGAAGCCAACUGUAAAAACAGGCAGCUCAUCAUAUGCUUAUCAAGAUAUGAGGCAGAAACUUGUAGCUGAAAUGAAAGCAGAAAACAUCAAGGAGUUUCUUCGCUCUUUUACAAAGCUUCCUCAUCUCGCAGGAACAGAACAAAAUUUCCAUCUUGCCAAGCAAAUUCAAGACCAAUGGAAAUCAUUUGGGCUGGAUUCAGCAGAGCUGGUUCAUUAUGAUGUACUCCUUUCCUACCCAAAUGAAACAAAGCCCAACUACAUCUCAAUUAUUGAUGACCUGGGGAAUGAGAUUGUCAAUACAUCAUUGUUUGAGCCACCCCCUCAGGGAUAUGAAAACGUUACUGGUAUGCUGCCACCAUACAAUGCUUUUUCAGCACAAGGAACACCAGAGGCAGAUCUGGUCUAUGUGAAUUAUGGUCGCACGGAAGACUUUUUUAAACUGGAACGUGAGCUGGGAAUUAACUGUACAGGAAAGAUCGUCAUUGCCAGAUAUGGGAAGAUCUUCAGAGGAAAUAAAGUUAAAAAUGCCAUAUUAGCAGGAGCCAGAGGAGUUAUACUUUAUUCAGACCCUGCUGACUACUGUGCGUCUGGAGUAGAUCCCUAUCCAAAGGGCUGGAACCUUCCAGGAGGUGGAGCCCAGCGUGGGAAUGUGCUGAACCUGAAUGGUGCAGGAGAUCCUCUCACACCAGGUUACCCAGCAAAAGAGUACACUUUCAGAUAUGAAGUUGAUGAAGGAGUAGGAAUACCCGUAAUCCCAGUUCAUCCCAUUGGCUAUUAUGAUGCAGAAAUAUUGUUACGCAUCAUGGGAGGACCUGCAGCACCUGAUGAUAGCUGGAUAGGAAGCCUCAAUGUGCCUUACAACGUAGGGCCUGGAUUUAUGGGAAACUAUUCUGCAAGAAAGAUUAGGAUGCAUGUCCACACUAACAAUAAAAUAACACGAAUUUACAAUGUUAUUGGCAUCCUCAGAGGAACUGUGGAACCAGACAGGUAUAUUAUCUUGGGAGGUCAUAGAGAUUCCUGGGUAUUCGGUGGUAUUGAUCCAACCACUGGCACAGCUGUUCUUCAAGAGGUUGCUCGGAGUUUUGGCAAAUUGAAGAUGGAAGGUUGGAGACCUAGAAGAACCAUUAUUUUUGCUAGCUGGGAUGCAGAAGAAUUUGGAUUACUAGGUUCCACAGAGUGGGCUGAGGAGAAUGUCAAAGUUCUUCAGGAACGGGCAGUUGCUUACAUCAACAGUGAUUCUUCUAUAGAAGGCAAUUACACUUUAAGAGCUGACUGCACCCCUCUCCUCUACCAAUUGGUGUAUAAUCUGACAAAAGAGAUCUCAAGCCCUGAUGAGGGCUAUGAAAGCAAGUCUCUCUAUGAGAGCUGGCUUGAAAAGGACCGCUCACUAGAUGAUGAUGAUCAACCCAGAAUCAACAAACUGGGCUCAGGCAGUGAUUUUGAAGCUUAUUUCCAGCGAUUGGGAAUUGCAUCUGGCAGAGUCCGUUAUACCAAGAAUAGGAAAGCAGACAAGUAUAGCAAUUACCCAGUCUACCACACUGUCUAUGAGACUUUUGAGCUAGUAGAAAAAUUUUAUGACCCCACAUUCAGGAAGCAGCUUGCUGUUGCCCAGUUACGAGGCAGCCUAGUCUAUGAGCUUGCAGACUCGCAUGUCAUUCCUUUUAACUGUCAAGAUUAUGGAGAGGCCUUAAGAAAAUAUGCCAAGCGAAUCUAUAAUUUGGCCAAAAAACAUGAAGAACAGAUGGAGACUUACGAAGUGUCAUUUGAACCUCUCUUUUCUGCUGUGAGGAAUUUCACAAAGGCUGCUGCUGACUUCCACAGAAGGCUGGAGCAGGUUGACUUGAAAAACCCACUUGCAGUGCGAAGCAUGAAUGAUCAGCUGAUGUUUGUGGAAAGAGCUUUCAUUGACCCUCUUGGCUUACCAGGCAGGAAAUUUUACAGACAUGUUAUCUUUGCUCCAAGCAGCCACAACAAGUAUGUUGGGGAGUCCUUCCCAGGGAUCUAUGAUGCCCUGUUUGAUAUUGAAAACAAAGUGGAUCUGCAGAAAACCUGGGAACACGUAAAGAGACAGAUUUCUAUUGCAGCUUUCACCGUGCAGGCUGCAGCAGGGACUCUGAAGGAAGUAGCAUAAGAAGAUGGCAUCACUGGGCGCAUCCAUGUGGCUAGCUCCAAAAGUCACUGCAACGAGCACUACUGUGACCGAAUUCUUCUAUGUAUAAAGUACUAUGCUUGUAAUCCAUGACACGGGAGAGGGUAGUAAAGAAAUUAUGGGUUUGGAAAUAUUGCUGCUGCUCUGCAACUGCAAGACCUGGUGCUUUCAAACCCUCAGGCUGCAUCUUCACUCAAAAAACUGGAACCCAUGAUUUGCCAUUGGCCACAUCUGCAAGUUGUACUAGGUAGAAGUUAUAGCGUAGGCAGACUGAUGAGAGGGAGAGUUCAUAGCAAGCUGUCUGUUCAGAGCAGGGUUAAAAUACUAUCUGAAUGUUUGGAGGCUUUUUUAACUCAGUUUAUGCAUGUGAAAAUGCAUAUUCCAGUCAAAUGAAAUUAUAUACAAUUUUUGAAGACUUUUGGUCAAGAAAAGCCAGCAUUUGGUGUUUCAAAAUGAAAAUUACUGUUUUGAAAUGUGUCCAAAUUGAACUAAAAAAAGAAGAAAAACCCACUCACAACAACCUUAAAUAGUUUGUUUCCUGGAAAUGUUUUGGUUGACGUAAAGCAAUACCUUACUUUUCUUUUUGGUUUGGCCAGGAAGUCAAAAGUAACUUAUCUCCAGAGCCCUAGGUACAGUGUUCAGCGUGGAGCUUUUAUUGCCAAGGCAGGUUGUUUAGUAGGAGUCUUAAUUUUCUUCUUCUGGACUGGUCUCAUUGGCUGGAUCCACAUGUGCAAGCACAUGUGGUUUGUGGCACCACAAACCACACGUAUUGCACAUUAACUGUGCCCUGUGCUGCUAAUUUGCAACCCUGGGGCAAAAUUUGCUACCGAGAUUUUUCCAGUAGCAAAAAAUAAAUACCAAAACCAAAGGCAGUGCAAAGCAUGCCAAAGUGCUAUGUGCUGGGACAAAUGCGAAGACAGGGGAGCAAGCAGCUCAGGACUGCCUGCUCACCCAUCACCAUGCACUGCGGAGCCCCUAUGCUGAGGCACCCUGUGGCCCAGCCAGCCAGGGAGCAGCACAAGAAGGGGGCAGAAGGGGAAGCGCUGCAGAACCCAUCUUGUGGCACUCUGCACCACAGUCAGCCGCUCCCCGACUGCCUGGGGCACAGAGUGCCUUGAGACAGGGAAGCAGGUGGCUCUGGGCUGCCUGCUCCUCUGUCCCUGCAUGCCGCUCCUCAGCUAGCUGGGGUGCAGGGUGGCUCAGUGUGGGGGCUUCCUGCUGGCUAGCCCAGCACUGAGGCAUCUGUGCCCCAGCCAGUCCCCCCUGCAAGACAUGGAGCAGCGGGACAUGUCCCACUGCAAACCAGACAAGAAGGGGCAUGCACUGCAGCACAAAGUAGCACCACACAUUUGUGCUGCUACUGUUUGUGCUGCUGCAAGUAUACACCCCUGCUUGUGUGGACACAGCCAUUGUGGUCAGCCACUUACAAAUACAAGUCCAAAUGUUUCUAGCCCAGUGGUCAGCAUCCUAUGGUUUGUGGGCUAGAUCCAGCCCAUGAAGAGAUUAGGGUGACCACUUGUUCCUAAUUAGGUGGGAUAGACCUGGAAUGGGAACCUCAAGUCCUGGUCCCAGGCUGCAUGACUCUAAGACAGCAUUUGUCCUGGAUUCGCAGCAUCGUGCAGGGAUCUUGGGAAAUGGCAGGUUUCCCCCUUCAAGGCUGGCAGCGUUCCACCCUGCAAGGGGCUGCUGGGAGUGGGAUGGAGGGCACACCAUGUGCGUACCCGCAUACAAGCACAUGGCUUGGAAUACAGCCAGGCAGCGUGGAGAGGAGCUCCCUGCAGGUAAGUCUAUGGGUGAGGAGGGGAGUGGGGGGGGGAGAGGGGCAACUCAAGGCCCCCACAGCGAGGGAGGGAGUGGGGCAGGGGCUGGGGCAUUGUCUAGCCAGGGCAAUGCAUGGAGCAGGACAGAGCCACGAGCCGCUCAUCCUGGGGCUGAGUGGCAUGGGUGGGGGGCAGGUCCCCACCACUGUGUACCUCUGUGGGGGGGCGGCGCUGGGGACAUGUCCCCCCCAGAUUUGUGCAUGGGGCCGAUGCAGGGUACCCACUGCAGGCUUGGGGCUACCUGCCCUGCUGCCCUCCCCCAGGAGCCCUGCACCACUAUGGCAACAUGCCCCUCCCUGCCUGGCAGCAGCAGGGGUGGUGGUGCCAUGGAGUGGGCUCCCAAGGGAAGGGCAGUAGGGUGAGGAGCCCUGAGUCCACAGUCUGCAACCAUCCCCACCCUGCUUGGCUAUGCUUUGUCCAUGCCAGAGGUGGAGGUGGGCAUGUGCCCUGCCAAAUCCAGGAGACUGGAUUUGGCCUGUGGCAGCUCACAGACUUGGCAACAUGCUCCAGCUGCAGCAGCAGAGGUGGUUUCUCCAGGGUCCUAUUGCCUGCUAGGUUUAGCCUAGUUCCUAGAAGGAGGCAUCCCUGGGGUCCUGGUGCCUGCUUUUUUCUAUCUAUUCUCUUUGCAGCAUCUGCUGAUUGGGAUAAAGGGGAGGGGUCCAGGGCUGGGUGGCAAACAUCAGCCUGUAAAAGGUUGCCAACCCCUGCUCUUGCCUUUUGUAAUCAUUAAAUGAAGUCUAAGCUAUUCUUAUGGGGGGAAAAAAGUUGAAACACUUCAAACUGAAUGUUGCAUAUACAAUUUCUAUUGAAAAUCAGUGGAAGAGGGACACAUACUGUUUUUUCUCAUUUAAAAACUUAGCUCUUUUCUUUUAAGCCUAAUAAAGGGUAAGUAGUUCAACACCUGGAAGGACACCAAAAUAAACAGGUAAUUUAGGUCGUGGGAUAAGAAUCCAUAGUCUGUGCUGAGACUAAGGUUAAUACAAUCCCACUGAUUACCUCUCUUAAUGUCCCCUUCUCUUGUACCUGUCCUUCCUAUAUACAUUUUUCUUCUUGCCAUGCUAUUCCUAGCAUCUGAUGAAAUAGGCAGUUGCUUAUAGAAGCUCAUGCUUCUUAGAGCCAGUUAGUCUCCAUCAAGGCCCCUGGCAGAUGUUACUGUAAUCAUGCAAUGGGAUCUGAGGAAUUUUAUCCUGGAUCCUCCAUGCUGCAUGCCCUGACAUGCCAGACAUUCAAGAUCCAGCAUGGCAGGAUGUGCAAUAUUUGGGAACUGCAAUAAAAUUCCUCAGAUCCCAGUGCAUGUCUGAUGGGGUCUGAGGAAGCAGUUCCCUGAUGCCAGGCUGUCCAGUGCACCCUUUAAACUUGCCAGUGAAUGGGAAGUCUGGGUUUGGGGAGCAGAUCACUGAUCCUGGGCUCCUUCCAUGCCCAGAUCUUCAAAGGCAAACCACAUACCCUGGCAUCAGGGACAGACUCCCCAGUGCUGGGCUGCCCAGCACCUUUCAUAAACUUGCCAGCAUACAGGGAGCCUGGCUUUGAGGAGAGGUUCCCCAAUCCUGGGCUUCCUGCAUGCUCAGCAUUUUAAAGGACUGCUGCCAUUGCAAGUAUGGAGCAGUCUGUAAGCUUCUUCGGAGACGGGUGGGGGAGGGGAGAGCAUAUAUUCAUCCCUCAGUUUAACUGAAGUGCAAUAAAACCAGCCACAAAGAUGUUCUGCAUUUAACAAGCAACAUCUUCGUGGCUGGUUUGCCAUUUUAUCAUGUGAUUAAUUGCUUGCACAUGUGGCAUGUUAAAAUUUAUUGUGCAAUUAAUGUGUUAAGUGUGCAACAAAUGUAAUAUCUGCUGGAGGUGCUACUUUGCCCUACCCUCUGCCUGACUUGAGACCAACACAGCAAACCACCUCUGCAUAUGCUUAACAGAUAAUCCAAGUCCUUCCUGUGCUGAGCCACCUGCUCUGUUUUUAACAUCUUACUGCCAUUCUUCCAUCAACUCUUUGGACCUUUUGGUUUUUCCUGUUAAAUCAGAAAGCUAUUUUAUACAGUGCUGUCAGCCAUCAGCUGGCACUUGAUGAGACAGGAGGAAAGUCUUUUCCCUGAAUGGAGUGCUACUAAUUACAACAAGGAGCAGAAGGGAUGGAACUCAGCAUUUCUCUUUCAGCUUUUGUAGGGCAAAGCUACAUCUUCUAAUGUUACCAGUAAGACUUGAAGCUGAAGUAAAUUUUCCAUUAAAGUUAUGUCAAUAAAACAGA